GCCUGCCCGCACGUGGGCGCUCGAGUGAGGUAAUGCGUGUACAUCCCCCGUAAACGGUAGUUGGUGAUAGUCCUUGGCUGCUCCAUACGUACCACCGUAGUCUCUCUCUACGCGCCAAGGCUCCCAAGGCACUCCGCCUAGCAGUAGGCGAAAUGCCAAUCACGUCCAAUAGGUAAGGCCUCCAGGGCACCCAGACACGACAAGGCGCGACAAGGCCUCGCCAAUAUGGCAUGCCAUGGUUCGCAUCUCAUCAUCCCCCCUGGUGGCCCUCGGACCGCAUGCGAGUGAUGGCCCGCCAGGACCACCGCGCGCGACAAGCUUUUCGCGCGGAUCUGCGCCCGCCCGGCCGCCCAACGUCGCCGACCUCGCAUCCGCAAUCCGCAAUCCGCAGCCCCCUCGACGAGGCUGAAGCCGUCUCGCGCGCUGAUUCGCCGCCAUGCCGUCAUGCCUGCCGUCGCGCAAGCGGGAGCGCCCCCGUUCGGGUCCGCGCUAAGCCUGUCGUUAUGCCAGGGCAGGCCAGGGCUCCUCGUUUGCGGGUUGCCGUGCCAAGAGGGCCCAGGGCAGCUGCUCCAGCUUCAGCUCCAGCCUCCAGCUCGCGACUCGACUCGCGACAGGGCGCGCCGGGACGGGGAGACAGGGGAGCCGUCGUGUGGGGAGGCGGGCGCGCGAGCGUCGCUCGGCGACUUUUGCUUAUUACGCACGCCGGUGCUGGGCCUGCUGCUGCUGCUUGCUGGGUCGCCGUCGUACGUACGUGCCGACGACGACGCGCACUGCGCUGCGUUUGGACGACGGGCGGCAGACGGCGAACUGCGGACGGCGGAAGCGUGGUGCCACUAGCCCCGGAUGACAGCGGCAGCAAGGGGAGGGGAAGGGGGGAUUGAUGAGAAGGAAACCGUUUAUUUACUUUCCUUGUCUCAUCAAUAUUGUAGCAGACGACAAUAUGGCCUUGGGGAAAUUCGAUGGCCCUAAGUCAUGGGCGAGCUGCGCGAGAGACAAGCUGCUGAUGAGAGAGCAAGAGAGACUGAUGAGAGCUGUCUAGCAGCACGUACUGCUGAU